UUUAUCAUCUGAAGCCUCAGCAGUCUGUCUGAUUAUGGAAACUUGACACUCUUAACCCUUCCUGCUUAAUUUAAUGCACUGUUUUUUUGUUUUGCAAAGAAGAAUUAAUUGAAAACACAGUGGUUUGGAUCUCCUUAUCCACUCAGGACAGCUAGCAUGGACCUCGGAUUACAAUGUUUCUGGGCCAGCAUCCUGUUACAAGCAUUUGUUCUCCCAAGCUGCCUUUGCAUUUCGAUUCGUUUCUCGACCCAGCAGCCCAUCUAUGUGGUGAGUGGGCACAACUUGGUCCUCCAAGCUGAGUUUGAGUUGCCCCGGGGAGAUCACAUCACCAAGGUUACAUGGGAGCAUGAAGUCGAGGAGAACGAAAAUUCUGGGAAAAUCACGGUGGCUGAAUAUCCGCCUACAAGCUCCGGAGGCCGGGUGACUGUCGACAAGGGCGGGUCUGUGAUGACCUUACAGAACUACCAGAGCGCGGACAGCGGCGUGUACACGGUCACUGUCCGAGACCAGAAAGGAGGUCAGAGUUCAGCACGCUGCACCGUCUACGAGUACGUGGCUGUGCAUCACGUGUCCGUGAUGGUGAACGUGUCACACUCCAGCCUGCACUGUAUGGAGGCCUGGGGGACGGAGCCCAGCUACCGUUGGCUCCAUGAGAAAGCUGUGGUGACGGAGGCAGUGGGCCGCAUGUCAAAAGACGGCACCUCUCUGUACCUGAACACAGCACUGUGUGGCCACUUCACUUGCCUGGUGAGCAACAAGCUGGGUCACAGCUCGGCCACCUACACCGCAGCACCCUGUGAGAGAGGGAGUCGAGGCACUGCUGUAGUUGUUGUAAUCCUUGUUCUCUUGCUGCUCUUGGCUGGAGGUUUGGCCUUCCUGUUCUGGAGGAGACGCAUUAGGUACAGCAACAGAAGAGAGAGACUCCAAGAACCAGAUGAGGACAUGUAACCUCUGCACUCGAGUCAGAACGUCAGACUGAACCAAAGACGGAGGAGACGUGAACUUUGACUCAGAGAGAGCAGUCACCUCUUCUCCAAGCACUCGGAGAGGUCACAUUAAGAUAUUUCAGACAUGCUCCAAGGGUUCCACUGACUUUGUCACAGUUGGAGAAACAAAGUGCAAUGAAGUUCUCCUUUUAUCGGACUUUGAUGAAGCAAAGAAAGCUGAAGGUUGAGAAACUGUUUGAAGUUUCGAAAAAAGGAAACUGAUCGAUUACUUUAUUUCCUGUUUUGAAUUUCAUAUUAAAGUUACUUAUGCAGUAUAGAAGGAUAUAUAAUAUGCAGAUACACUGUACUGUGCAAUGAAGCAGCGAAUUAUUUUAAGGCAUUUCAAAGUACAUGUUGUGGAACGCGUCUAAGAAUGACUAGAGAUGGAGGACGGGUUCGAGGAGUGCAUAAAGGGUUGGGUUUUGAGAAAAACAGGAUGUUGCAGUGAUGCCUUACUUGUAUUGAAGUUACUUAUACAGAGACAAGGUGUCCCUUAAAACAGUGCUCAGAAGGUUUUGCAGCCAGCGACCCCUUUAAAUACAAAAUAAAUCCCACAAAUUCGCCUCAAAACAGCUUUUAUAAAAUAUCAAUUUUUUUUAAAUAUCCCAUUUUAUUUCAUGAUAAUUUAGAUUGUUUUAUAUAAAAAUGAUUGUACUUUAAAUUACCAUUUUAUUUAAAUAUUUUAUAUAAAUUCUAAUUUACAUUUUAUGACUGAACAAUUAUAUUUUGCAUAAUUUUAAUUAAAAAGUUAUUUACAAUUAUUUCAUAUUAAUGUGCAUUUUAUUUAAAUGUAAACAGUAAUUACAUACAAUUAACUAAAAUCAGGCAAUUGUGGCAGAAGUACAACGCAUAAACUCAUACAGGCCAUAGAUGAAGUGCUUUUUUUUUUUUUUAAAAAGAAAAACAGGAUGCUGCAUUGACGCAGUUCAAGCUUCUUUUUUUUUUGCCGGACUUGUGUUUAAGUUACUUGUACAAACAACGUGUCCCUUAAAACAACAGUCCUCAAGGGUUUUGAUGCUAGCGAACCCUUUAAAUACAAAAUAAAUCCCAUAAAUCUGACUCGAAAC